GUGCUGGAUGCCGCCGACCUGCAGGGCUUCCGACGGCAGCUCUGCCACGAGCUCCAACUCACGAAGCUCGAGCACUUCGAGCACGCGAAAGAGCGUGACCUGCAGAUCAAACUCCUCGAGAAGCUUGGUGAAGGCACGUUUGCCGUGGUAAAACGAGCCUAUUGGACGACUCCUAGCGGCGAGAAGCUCGAUGUUGCGGUCAAGAUUCUUAGGGAUGCCUCGGAUAUGGUGAUGGAAGAUCUACAACGAGAAAUCGACAGUCUGCAGAAGCUGAAAAACCCGAACCUGAUUCGACUCUACGGCGUGGUUUUAGAUGCGGGCUGGAUGGUGUUCGAACUAUGCGAAGGUGGCAGUUUGCUCGACCGGCUCCGGGAUCGAAAAAAGGCGCAGCUGCUCGUUUCAUCGAUGCUCGAGUAUUCGCAACAGAUCACGAAGGGCAUGGCCUACCUGGAGAGCAAAAAAUGCGUGCACCGCGACUUGGCCGCCAGGAAUAUCUUGCUGUCGACGGAUGAGCGGACGGUGAAAAUCUGCGAUUUCGGGCUGAUGAGAAGCUUGGAAGAAAACCAGCGGCUCUACGUCAUGAACCCGCAGAAACGAGUGGCCUUUGCCUGGUGUCCACCGGAAUCGCUGCGCUUCCGCGAAUUCUCGCACGCGUCCGACGUGUGGGCGAUGGGCGUGCUGAUGUGGGAGAUAUUCUCGCUGGGCGAGGAUCCGUGGGCCGGCAUGCGGGGCAAGGAGGUCCUGGAGAAGAUUGACGCUGGCGAGAGACUGAGAAAAACCGACUACUGCUCCGAGCAAGUCUACAAGUUGAUGACGGCCUGCUGGAUGGCGCGCCCCGACGAUCGGCCGUGCUUCAAGAAAUUCUGGGGCCAGUUGAAGCAGGCCAGCUUCCCGGUCGCCGAGGUCCGUGAUCCGCAACUUGCCACCGAUCGCAAUCGACUCGAGCUGCAGAUGGGCGACCGGGUGCUGAUCAUUGACGACAAGAACACCGUGUGGUUCGGCCAGAACGAGCGCACGCGUCUGUUCGGCCAGUUCCCGCGCGCCUCCGUGUUCACGCGCUCGUCGCACGACGGGACGAAAGAUGGAAAUCAGCGGAUCUCGCGGCCGAUUGCCGAAAAGCCGCCAGCCGCCAAUCCGAAGCCCUCGUCGUCGUCGGGCCCGGGGAUCCAGCUCGCCGUGCUCGCCGACCCUUUCGAAGAUGUCGCGUUGACAAGAGCAUCCCAACGAGUUGCCCCGGCGCCGAUUAUGUUCCAACCCGCUCCGCCUCCUCUCAUAUUACCAGCAUCGCAGCAAAUAGCCCGCCCUGCUCCUCCUCCACCCAGCACGCAGCCGAAGGUCCACCAAAAUGGGGCCGCCGUCCCGCGCCCGAAAUCCACCUCCAUCUCCGAGAAUGGCGCCAGCCGCUCUGCCAACAACACUCCUCCCAUGCUGUCCGCCGACGCCUUUGUCAAUGUUCGAAGCGUCGCGCAACGGCUUGAAGGCAUUCCGCUUGCACAGAGGCCAAAUCCACCGCCCCACGGCAUGUCAAGUGCCACGCAUUUUGAGCCGAACGUGCCGUCCUCGUCUCGCGCAAAUAUCGGCGUCGGCCACGGUCAGUCGAUCAUGAACGAGAUGCAGAGCAUCCUCGAUCGCCAGAGUACAGCCAGCGAAGUGCGGCUCCGGCAAAACCCGAACGAGACGCCGGUGAUGGUGCACAGCCAGAUGAACACGAUGCGCGUCCCCUCGUCCUACCCCAACGUCGCCCAGGGGCCCGAUCCGUUUGAGGUGCGCAUCGGCAACUACCUGGCCAACGGGCAAAAAGUGCGGCCCAGCUCCCACUCCACGUCCACUCCCCAAUUCGGCACAAAUGUGCUGCAGCCGACGCCGGCCAUUUCGUCGGCUCGCCAAACGGCCGCGCCGCACAUGGGCGCCGUCCCGCAAGCCGCAUACCAGCCAACUGCCGCCCAACUUCAGCAGCUACAAGCCGCCGGCCGGCUCAGCAUGUACAACCCCGGGGCUGCCGCGCAAGUCCAGGCCGCUCGGCCGACAUCGCAGAUUGUCGUGCCCACCCAACCGCUGCAACCGACUCCCGCAAGUCAACCGGCGGCUCGACUCCAAAAUGCACCUAUGGGCGGUCUACAAAACGCGCAGCCGGCCCGACAAGUUCAAGCCGGACAGCAAAAUGGGCCUAUGAACGGAUCGGCACUUGCGCAGCCAGCUGAUCGACUACAACAGGCACCUAUGAGCGGUCUACAAAAUCCGCAGCCGGCCCGACAAGUUCAAGCCGGACACCAAACGGCGCCGAUGAACGGAUCUUCACUCCCACAGCAGCCCCACCAAGCGCCUGCCCAACAAAACACGCCUAUAAACACACAGGUGUUGCAGCCGAGCAAAGUUGCCCAACAGCCCCCGGUGAACGUUCAACAGCUUCCGAAGCCUCCGUCGACAUCUAUUCUGCAGCCCUCCAAAGUCGACAUCCCGCCCAAGGUCGAGCCUGUCAAGCAGGACGCUCCCGUCAAGAAGCCCGAAGUCCAGAAGACGUCUGCAGCUACGGUGAGACGGCGGACGACGGAUGAUGUGGCCUCUUUCCUGCCGGAACCCAGCGCGCUGUUUUACGGAAAUGCCGGAGGAUCGGUGAAGAGUGGGACGAGUGAGACCAAGCCUACGACACCGGCGUCAACAACUCCAAUUCCUACAUCGUCAGCAGCGCCGGUCCCUUCGACGAGCAACCCGCUGGCUCCAAAGCUUGCGCCACAACCUUCAUCGCAACCACCGCAAUCCGCACCCCCUGUCGCCGCCAUCACUCCAACGCCGAUGCCUGCCAGCGUGGCCCCGGCGGCCCAAGCCGUCAAGCCGGUUCAGAAGAAAACGGCCGCGGUUCUGCCGUCCGUUCCGCUUGUGCCGACGCCGCUGUAUCCGAAGAUUUCGUCGAUAAUGGUGCCAUCUGAGCCACCCAAGCCCGAGACCCGGAUACCACAGGAGCAGGUGGAUGCCAUCCUCGCCCUGUCGUCCUCCGUCUCGCGGCCCCAGUCCACCAGCUUCUCGGUGCCCAUCUUCUCGGCACAACAAAGUCUCACCCAGCAGCCCAUCGGUUUCCACGGCUACAACACGCCGAUGAUGUACGGCGGUUCCGGCGGCUUUGGCGGAUAUGGUGGCGGCGGGUCGCCGAUUUAUGGAGCGUAUGGCUCGACGCAGUAUCCCACCUUCAACAUGAUGAGCCAGGGCAUCUACCCCAGCCUGAAUCAGCCCAUCUCGAUGAUGCCGAUGCCGCAGACGAGCAACUACGGCAACUACACGACGAACGGGUCCGACGUGAUGGCAGCGUAUUUUGCCGGCAUGAGUCAGUCCAGCCUGCCGCGCGAAAGCCAGCGCAGCUCGCCGUCCGGAUCAGGCAGCGUGUCGCGCGCUGAGCAGAUGGAGAUCCUCUACAAGGAGGCGUCGUUCACCGAGCGCGGCAACUGCGACCGGAAGGUGGCCGAAUGCGGCGGUGACGUGGAGAAGGCGCUGAAAAAGUUGAAGGUAGAACAUCUCGUCGACGCGGGCAUCGCCACCGACCACGCGAUCGCCGUCAGCGCGCUCGAGGCAAAGGCGUGGGACCUGAACGCGGCCGCCGAGGCGAUCUUCACGCGC